AUGUGUAAAAACUAUGAGGUACUACUUCUGGAAGCCGGAACAGAAGAACCCGAAGUAGCCGAUGUACCUGCCUUUGCUCCAGUUCUCCAACGAUCCAGCAUCGACUGGGGUUACAUGACGCAACCCUCACCACACAGCUGCUUGGCCCGAGAAGGAGGAAGAUGUCCUUGGUUCAGAGGAAGAGUGAUGGGAGGCACUUCCGUAAUCAACUACAUGAUCUACAUCAGAGGCCACCCCAGGGACUACGACGAAUGGGAAGAAAUGGGCAAUUACGGAUGGGGAUACCACAAAGUACUUCCCUACUUCAAAAAGGCCGAAAGAAACUUGCAACCUGAAAUAGCCGAUAAGCAUUAUCACGGUUUCGAUGGAUACCAAACGGUUCAGCAAGCCCCCUACCAGGACGUUAAUACUAUUGCUAUGAUCAAGGGAUAUCUGGAAUUAGGACUUCCUUACGUGGACUCGAAUACCGAACAAGUUUUAGGUGCCUCUCUAUUACAACUCACACUAAACAACGGUAAAAGGGCCAGUACUAAUACUGCCUGGAUCAGACCGAUCAGAACGAAGAGGAAGAAUCUUACUAUCAGAACUCAAGCUCAAGUAACCAGAGUGUUGAUCGAUCCCAAGACAAAACAAGCUUGGGGAGUUGAAUACAUACAGAACAACAAACUUAAGAGAGCGGUAGCAAGAAAGGAAGUAAUUGUAUCUUCCGGAACCUUAAAUUCUCCCAUAGUGUUGAUGUUGAGUGGCGUAGGCCCAGCGGCACAUCUUCAAGAGCGCGGAAUUCAAGUCAUCAAAGAUUUACCUGUAGGUCACAACUUACACGACCACACUACUAUUGACGGUGUCGUGUUUGCCUUGACCAAUUACACAGCUACCAGCGCAGAAAUCGAUCAAAUCGAACAAGACAUUAAUUACUACAGACAAACUCAAAGGGGACCGUUGUCUUCUAACGGACCUCUUCAAGCCAACGCUUUCGUCCAGACUAAAUACGAAAACGAAUAUGGCAGGCCCGACAUCCAAUACUCCAUCGACGCUGCAAAUGUUGAAAAUUUCUUUACCGACCCCAUCUUCACAUCGAUGACUUCCGUUUUGCCUCUGGCGUACUACAACGGUUUCAUGAUAAGACCUAUCCUCCUCAACCCCAAGUCCAGAGGUGUGAUACAGUUAAAUGACACCGAUCCAAUUUUAGGAACACCCUUGAUCCACGCCAACACAUUCUUCGAAGAAAUUGAUAUGCUUAGGUUGGUAGAAGGUGUAAAACAAUCUCUCAAUCUCCUACGUACAGAGUCAUUGAGGAAAAUUGGUGCUUCCCUUGUUACCACACCGUUGCCAGCUUGCGCUCAUAUCGAGUUUGGUACUGACAUAUACUGGGCGUGCGUGGCUCAAGCUUACACCACUAGUAUUUUCCACAUGGCGGGUACUUGCAAGAUGGGACCCAAACAUGACCGUUCGGCAGUAGUCGGUCCUGAUCUAAAGGUCCACGGUAUUGAAAACCUUCGUGUGAUAGAUGCCUCUAUCAUGCCGCAAGUUACCAGGGGUAAUACCAACGCACCUACUAUCAUGAUAGCGGAGAAGGGUAGUGACAUGAUCAAAGAGAAGUGGUUGAAAAAGAAAAUCGAGUCUCCUUAUGCGCCGGAAGCUAUAGAAGCCGAUAAUUUCUUCCACGGGUUUGGGUUAAAGAAAUAAAAACCGAUCUAUGUCUAGUUCAAGUACGGUCACGCAUAACAGGAUUAUACCAAAAUAAAUAAUGUAAACAAAUGUGUUCAAGUACCAUAACAUGAUUGUUGUUGAUAGAAGUUUUAGUUUUUUUCUAAAUCACACAAUAGAAAAACAUAUUUUCUCCUAUCUCACGUAAAGAUACAGGAUGUGCGCUACAAGCACAACUUUUAUAUCAAUAAGCACUGUAACUAUAUUUAUCACUGUAUCAAGGCAGUUAAAGCACACGUGAGUUUUUGAGGUUAUAACAAACUAGUGUGUUAAUUCCCUGUCAUAUACGCCACGAGACUUUUCUGGCAGUAUUUGUGCUGUAGCCGCCGCUGUCUGGUUAACAAUUUCUUGCGGAAGAUCUUUCUGAAUCACUUUUCUUUAAAAUCUGACUUGCUGGUUGAUAAUUCACUAUUUUAUCGAUUUAUCUAAAUGAUGUUUUAAUGUCAAUGCUAUUUAUUAUUUACAAAAAAAGCGCACAUCUAUAUUGCAUAGUAACAUAAACGCACCCUGAUAACAACUGGUAGUUGGUCUACAUAUCAAGCCUUUUAAAUCAAUUAUUC